CGAGUGUAGGCGAUAUAGUACGGGGAAAGGUGGAAAUACGGGUGUUUGACUUUCGAAUACGGGCACCCCGUAUGUCACCUUCUAUCACAGUCUAGUGCGUACCUCUACACCGGUUACCUGUUGUUUGUUUUCUUGUUGACGCUCUAAUCCCCUCGUAAGAUGACGGGCAAGUGAACGUUUGGAUGAUCAGAGCGCAGUGACCUCUCUUAGAAGCCUUGUAUUUUCUGCAGUCAAUAAAAACACAAAGAAAUAUGAAAAAUCAAUUGAGAUUCCUGACUGUGUUCGCAGUGAUUCAGUGGUGCUCUUCCCAACCGGUGCUCUUUCGUGUGAGAGAGGGAAUCCCAUCUCCAGUGUUUCUGGGUAACCUGGCAACAAGUUCGGAUCUAAUGGACGCCGUUGGAAAGACGGAAUUCAGUUUUUUGCGGUACACCAUUGUGUCGAACGAGGCAAAGGUGCACCUGCUGUUCAGAAUUAACGAGACUUCGAGCGAUAUCUUCACGACAGAGACCCUAGACAGGGAGACGUUGUGCCAGUCGUCGUCAGCAGCGUGUAACCUUCAAUUGGACGUCGCCGUGCAGUCGCUGAAGAGCGCGUUCUUCAGGAAAUUCAGCGUCACCGUCGAGGUGCAGGACGCCAACGACAACCCACCACGGUUUUUAACGUCCCAGUUCAAGCUUUCCAUCAGGGAAGGUGUCGCGAUCGGAACGUCAUACUCACUUCCGGUGGCCUCCGACAGAGAUUCUGAGGUCAUCAACAAGGUGCACGAAUACCAGAUGAUUCCACCCCCAGAACCGUUUUCGUUAGAAAUGGGAUCCUCCACAGACGGAACCGUUUCUAGCGUUUGGUUGGUUGUCAAGGGAGACGUUGACAGAGAAGCGGCACAUGAAUUCAACUUUGACCUCAUAGCUCGUGAUGGAGGCACUCCCACCCACAACGGCUCUGUGUCUGUGACAAUCACAGUUGAAGACAAAAACGACAACCGACCGAAAUUCGGUAAAGAAUUCUAUGUUGUUAAUGUUACCGAGAGUGUGUCUGUAGACACGACAAUUUUACAAGUGAGUGCGAACGAUAGGGAUUUUGGUCAGAAUGCAGAGAUUGUGUAUAGCUUUCACAGCUCAACGGACGAACGCAUCUUAGGACAUUUUGAUGUUGGAAAAAAGUCAGGGAAUAUCAAAGUAAAAUCCGCUUUGGAUAAGACUGGCGGGUCGGUGUUUAGUUUUACACUUGUGGCUACAGACGGUGGGAGUCCAUUCCUGAGUGCAACUACCAAUGUUUCCCUAACUAUUUUGGACACGGUUAAUGACGCGCCAGAAAUCCGCGUAAACCCGCUUUUUAGUCGAAACAAUGUGGCCACUGUCCUCGAAUCAGCCAUCGUAGGCAGGGUCGUCGCCUUGGUAACCGUUCGAGACACAGACAGCGGCGCCAACGGCAAGGUUAACUGUUCUCUACCGCGCGGUGAUUUCCUAGUCCGUAACCUACAGCAAUCCGAGUACAAGGUCAUUGUUGCUAAGCAACUGAACAGAGAAGUAGUGUCAUUGUACAAUCUGACGAUCACGUGCCAAGACGAGGGUACGCCACCACAAUCAGCUUCUUCAUUCUUUCAAAUCCAAGUCCUGGAUGUGAACGAGUUUGCACCCAAGUUUCUACAAUCCAAAUACUUCUUCAGUCUGGAGGAAAACAACAACCACCCCAUGUUCGUGGGUCGUGUGUCGGCCACGGAUGGAGAUUCGGGCAUCAACGCCGAUAUUUCGUAUUCAGUGGAAGCAAAUGCUAGUAGGAGUUUCAGCAUUAACGAAAAUUCCGGCGAAAUUACCAUACUGGAAAAAUUAGACAGAGAGAACAUUCCUAAAAGAAUAUUCAAAGUGUUCGCUACUGACAAAGGGUUAACUCCCCUUACAGGAACCGCCACGAUUGUCAUCAACGUUGGAGACCAAAACGACAACGCGCCCGUGUUUACAAAUGUUCCUAUUAAAUUUACAAUCAGAGAAAACGUCGAUAUUGGGUUCACUGUUGGUCGGGUUUCGGCGACGGAUGACGACUUAGGCGUGAACGGGGACGUGAACUAUUUUCUGAAAGACACUUCGUUCACUGGAAUUAAUCCGUUUUCAGUUUUCAAAAACGGAACCAUCACAACCAGCAGAAAGAUUGACUUUGAGGACAAACACUCAUACACACUGGAGAUCUUCGCGUCGGACAACGGCAUUGUCCAACAGAAGUCUUCCACCUCCGUCACUGUCACCAUCGUGGAUGAAAACGACAACGAUCCCCGCAUAGUCUUCCCUUUCCCUGACAACGAAUCCAUAUCUGUACCCCACGACAUGGACCCUGGUAGCGAGGUCGCCAUUGUGCAGGCCUACGACAUCGACAGCGGCCUCAACGGCAAGUUCACCUUCUCCCUGGUCGUCGUCAACACGACGGACCUGUUCCAGAUUGGCGUUCAGAAUGGAGUCAUAUUCCUCAACCGAAAGAUUUCUGAUGAGGACUUGGGCACUCACAGAGCGAUCAUCAGCGUCCAGGACAGAGGUGUGCCGCAACGCGAGACCCAAGCGUUGUUACUCAUCGAUGUGUACUUCAAUGAUGGAAGUAGAUCUGUGGUCAAGGAGAGCGACAGCAACAUGAAGAUUGUUAUAGUGUUGGUGUGUGUAACCGCCAGCCUUGCAAUCGCCGUCAUAGCGACUCUGUGUAUUCUGAAAUACAUCGACAGAACUAGAAAACAGUCUCCGCAUAAAGUGUCAGACUCUCGGUAUAACUCGAGCGAGAGCUGCGACUCCGCGGAUUACAAGUCGGAGACAUUUCCGCCGUGUGUGUUCCAAGUAUCGGAGACGGGGAGGUCACCCAAGAAAAGUGUGACGUUUAAAACGGAGCAUACCCCAACAAAUCCCGUGUCCUCGACAGAGAACCGAAAAUACAGCGAGCUGAAACAGCCCAGGAAAGAAGACUCUGGGAAUGACCUCAGUUUGUCACCUACUUCAUAUCAUUUUGUGAGACCUGAUUACGGUAAAAGAGCGCCACCUGGCGGUAGUGAGGUGAGCGUGGUGGAUGUACUGGAGCAGCACCAGGCUCUGGUGAGAUCCAUGAAGUCAAAGGGUAGACGAAAUUACCAGGCAAAAGAUAUAUCAGAAUUAGAACCGGAUGUAUGGAGCGACACAUCGCGAGAAACAAUAGGAAGUGAUAGCGGGCAUGGCGGAAGUGACGUCGAUGUCAACAUAAACAGUUUGAAGAUAAAUGUCUAGCCCAGUAAGGACAAGAUGCAUCACUCCGUCCAUUUCCGGUGCUUUAUGUCUGCAAUAAAUCACCAUCUCAUCAACUGCCAUCGGUCUACCACCAUCAUCAGUGAAUCUACUCAUCAACUUACCCGAGUCCACAGAUUACCAGCCAGCUAAACCAUAUGGCUGUUUACCAUGGCCAUCAUCAGGUUACCAGCCAGCUAAACCAUGAGGUCAAGUACCAUGACCAUCAUCAACUGCUCAUUAGUUUUAGCCUGUAAGAGUUCACACUUUUAUCAUAUAACAAUCACGUGUGUGGUAACUAGCCCAGAGGAACGAGCAACUUCGACGAAUGUUCUCCCCGGGUUGUGCAAUGAUACCAGUUGUGAUGUGAAUCUUUUGUUGGGAAUGUUCGACCAUAGUGAAGAAAGAAUACCACUGUUUCAUUAUGAUGUGAGAUUGAACAACUCUCCAAAACUGUGUUCAAGUACUAUAAUUAUCUCUUCAAUGACCACAGUUUUGUCUAUCAAAGGAUCUUUCGCAAACAGACAUGAAAACAGAAUACAGGAGGAAUCCAGUAAGCGCUACAGAAGUACUAAACGUUUAGGUCUUCUGUUUGAACAGACAUGAUUAAUGAGGACUAGAAGUGAAAAGAUAAACUGUCAACUGUUGUUCGUUCAUCUUAUAGUGAGAUCUUCUCGCUAUAUCUGUGAAGAAAACCAAACUGAGAUUAUCAAUGUAUAUAGAAAUUGAAAAAAAGUGCUAUUAGUUGCAUAUAUAUAUAUAUAUAUAUAUAUAUACACAUUUAGUUGUUCAUUACACAUUACCACUGGACUCUAGUCUUUCACCACAUAAUAGCAUUUGUGUCGUAAACCAAAGGCUGUACAAUUUACAACACGUGUAUGACGUCGUUUCAUUUAGAGAUUCAUACCUUAAGGCGACGCGACUCGAUGCGAGUGUCUCGUACGAGAAUAGCGAUGGAAAUAGCCGAUUGUGACAGGACAAACAUUACGAUUUCAUCGGUUACGACGCAGGCGGCCAUUCUCGUACGAGACACUCGUAUCGUGUGACGUCGCCUUUAAAGACAAUGUAUGACAUUCCAUUUAAUAAAUGCACUUCUCCACAACAUUGUGUGACAUACCAUUUAUAGAUUCACAGCUUGAGAACAGUGCAUGACGUUUAAUUAAUAGCUUCAUACCUACUAAAUGUGUACUAAUGUUGUCGCUCAGGGAUUUGCUUUCAGACUGCAUUCAUUAUUAUCAUGUUGUUAAUUUUGCUGAAUAUUCUACAGAAAUCGUUUGUGAAUAAUGUAAUUGUUCCAAGCAUUUCAUUGUAUUUAAAAUACUGGUAUUAAAUUAUUUUUAAAUCGUACAAUAUUAGAUUACUAAAUUUAAUACUCAUUAGGCAUUUUUCAAAAAUAAGUAGACAAUACCUAGUUAUUCACAGCUGUUUCAUAAUUUAAAUAUACAGAUAAUUUCUAAAAACAUUAAGUUCAUCCAGGAUCAAGAUUCAGGCUAUGAUUAAUUUCUAUGUGUUCAUGGCAGUCGCCAUCCAUGUAUGUAUAUAUGUAUGUAUGUACGUAUGUAUGUCCUAAGUAAUAUUAAGACAUAAUAAACAUAUUAUUUA